CAUGUUAUCUAUAAUAAUGGUACGCAUGACUUUGCACCAACGGUAUUGUUGAUAUCAUUGGAUGGAGUUGUGAACAAUGAUUUAGAUUUAUCUGUUACUCCAGUACUCAGUCGAAUGGCAAAGGAAGGAUCAAGAGCAGAGUACAUGACCCCUUCAUUUCCGCCUAUUACUUUCCCAAAUCAUUGGUCUUUAGUCACUGGAUUAUACCCAGAGUCUCAUGGGAUUGUUGGUAAUUACUUUUAUGACCCAGUGUUGAAUGACAGUUUCUAUUAUAAAUCCCCUGAACAUAGCUGGGAUUCCAAGUGGUGGGGAGGAGAACCAAUUUGGAUCACAGCAGUAAAGCAGAAUAAAAAGUCUGGUGUUAUCAUGUGGCCUGGAUGUAGCACGAGCUUUGAAGGAUUACGGCCAACAUACACAGUUGCAUUUGAUAACUUUGUUACAUUUGAUGAAAAGGUGGACCAAGUGUUUGAUUGGAUUGAUUUGCCUAUUGAAGACAGACCGCAGUUUAUUGGGUUAUAUGUGCCUCAGGUAGAUCAAGCUGGACAUGCCUAUGGACCUUUUGCUAAUGAAACGAUGAGACAGUUAUCAAUUGCUGAUAAGAAUAUUGGAAGGUUACUAAGAGGAAUUACAGAAAGAAACUUGACAGAUAUCAUCAAUGUCAUAGUUGUGAGUGAUCAUGGUAUGUCACAAACAGAUAAGACAAGAUUGAUACACUACGAUGAAGAGUUGACAGAAGAAGAACUGUCAUUGAUAUGGCAAAUUGAAACAUAUCCUAUUCUUGGUAUACGUUUACAUCCUGCCAUUAAAAGCGAGGAAGAUGCUGUUGAAAAGUUAUACAGAGCAUUUAAACGGUUACAGCAAAAGACGGGUCACUUCGAAGUAUACAAAAAGAAGGACGUCCCUGAGAGAUAUCAUUUCAGCCAUAAUGUCAGGAUCCCACCUUUGCUUGUCUUGCCAGAUGUAGGAUGGAAUCUUGUUACACAUCAAGAGUAUGAUCCUGCACUUGGCCAAGAUUAUUCACCCAAGGGAGUCCAUGGUUAUGAUAAUUUAUCACCAGAGUCAAGGGCUAUAUUUGUAGGAAGAGGUCCUAACUUUUCCAAGAACAAGAGGAUUAAGCCUUUUUGGAAUGUAGAAUUGUUUAAUGUCAUGUCACGUAUUUUAAAUUUGAAA